AUGUCUGGUCGCGGUAAAGGAGGGAAGGGUCUGGGGAAAGGCGGCGCCAAGCGCCACAGGAAGGAAGGACGGCAAGAAGCGGAGGAAGACAGGAAGGAGAGUUAUGCCAUCUACGUGUACAAGGUGCUCAAGCAGGUCCACCCCGACACCGGCAUCUCGUCCAAGGCCAUGAGCAUCAUGAACUCCUUCGUCAAUGACAUCUUCGAGCGCAUCGCCGGCGAAGCUUCCCGCCUGGCUCAUUACAACAAGCGCUCCACCAUCACCCUCCCGGGAGAUCCAGACCGCCGUCCGCCUCCUCCUGCCCGGAGAGCUGGCCAAGCACGCCGUCUCCGAGGGCACCAAGGCCGUCACCAAGUACACCAGCGCCAAGUAAAUAAAUCCCCCCGCCCCCGGGGCCCCCAUCAUCCCAACAAGGACACAAAGGCUCUUCUAAGAGCCGCCCACCAUUCCAAUCACUGA